AGCGAGUUCGUCGUUUGACACGGCGACGCAGUCGGCAACGACGACAACAAAAAAAAAUAUUUCUAGCUUCUCGAGACUACCGGAGGAAACGGCAGGCUACUCGGCUUUGUGCUUUGUUUUCGUUGUUUUCCACCCUAACAUAUUCACUUCAAUAUUCUUUUCUUUCGUUCCCCCUCUUUCCCCUCUUUCCCCUCCUUCCUCCUUCCUCUCCUCUCUCUCUCUUUCAAAGGUUGCGCCUGUCUCACACAGCCACGCAACGACCGAAAAAUGGGCGCUUCUGUGUCCUCCUUUGACAGCGUUGCCGACGCGCGCUCAAGCAUCAGCGGUGCGACGACUGCGGCCCCUCCCCGCUCUCCUGCGGUCGAGGAUACAGCUGGGCAUGUAGAGAUGGAGGCGAUGCUGCGUGGUCCGACGCCGUCAGUGCAGCUGCUGGGCAGCCUCGUUGAUUCAGAGGUGACGGACUCCACUGCUGCAGCGGAUGUCGUUUCCGUGUUUUGUCUCGACGCAUCGAAGCAGAGUCUUCUGCGUCUGCGUGAGGUGCUAGAGACCCCUGUGACGGAUCGCGCUGCCGCUUUCCAUCGAAUUUCCAUGAACUCCACCGGAGUGCUGCUCAACGCACCAGCCGCUACGUCGCUGCAGACGCUGAAGUCGUUCUUGCUGAGUCACACGGGUGAAGGGCGAGUGGGACGUGGGGACGACAGCUGUCGCUGCAGCGCCGAACCGCCCUCCUCCCUACACGUAUUUGCGCUGAAGGACCCGACGCUGGUGGUCGACGGCGUUGACGGCCCCGUUGUCGUGACGCGUGAGAUGUCUGCCGAUUUGCUGAUUCCACUUGCCAGUUCGGUGGACCUCGCCACGCUUGGCCGCGACCCCACGCUGCUGGCCUUCACUUCCGCGGAGGCCAACGCCGCAGCGGGCGCGUCGUUGUCGUGUGCGGGGAGAGGCAAUGGGACGGCCGCGCCGCCCAGCGAAGUGGCGGAACCAACAGAAGGGGAUGCGCCGGCUGCUUCGAAGUCUUCUCCUUCGGUCCCUGCCACUGCAGCUGCGGUGCCGCGCACCGUUGUGCUGCUCUACUCCCGUGAUGCUCGCUUCGGUAUGGACGGUGGGAUAAUGCUGCUCAUUGGCUGCUGCGUGGCGCUUUGUGCCUGCAUCGCCGCGGGUGUCUGCUGCUGCAUGACGUCAAAAGGCAAGAACAACCAGUCGCAGCAGCAGCCCGGCAACAUGAAUGGCGGGAAGCCGAACUACAACAACAAUAAUCAGCAGUAUUACGGUGACAACAACAAUAACCAGCAGUACAACGGCAACGGCGGUAACUACGGCAACCCCUACGCGCCGACGGGGUACGACAAUAAUAAUACGAACUACAACCCACCCGCAAACGGCUACGGCGUGCCACCCAAUGCGUAUGGAAACAACACAAAUAACCCGAACCCCUACCAGAAUCAAUAUCAGCAGCAGCCGCAGCCGCAGCCGCAGCCGAACAUGAAUAAUAAUCCGGGAUACUACAACACAGGAGUUCAGCAGCCAGGCGCGGCGCCGUUGUAG